AGUAGUAAACAAAGUCGGCGUAUUAAUUUACAUUAAGUUUAAUCUACCUUCUUUAAUUUUGAUAAAGAUAAAAUUUAUUUCUGCCAUUAAUUUUGUUAUUAUGUAUUAAAUAUAGUUUUAUUUUGAAAAUUUAAGUGUAGUGCUUAAAAUUAAAUAAGUACGAGUGAUUUUACUUAUUUUGCAACGGCAAAAUGCUUGUGUUGUGUACAAUAUGCAGUGAAGUGUUGAACCAAGCAGAUGUUAUCCAUGUAACCAAAUGUGGACAUCUAUUUCACGAGAAUUGCCUGUCUACAUGGACAGCAAGAUCAAACACAUGUCCGCAAUGCAGGGACAAAGUAACACCAAAGUCGGUAUUCCGUGUUUAUCCAGCAUCUUCAAACCAACCUAUUUCUGGGGACGAAAGUAUAGCAAAUCUUCAGAGCAAGCUGGAUUCUACUAUAUUACAAGUUCGACAACAAACCAUCCAGUUAAAAUCAAAGGAACAACAAAUAACAGAAUUGACGAAUAAAGUAAAGGAGAAUGAAGAAUCUCAUAAGAAAGUCCAAAACCAGUUACUUAACAGCUAUGCUGUUGUAGACGCACUUAAGGGCAAAUUGGAGUAUUUUAAGGCUGAAAAUAAGGAAGUACAAAAGUUAAAAGAAGAAAAUGAAAUGUUUAAAAAGAAUUUACAGCUGUUGCAAGGUUUGCAGAAGGUAUACAACAGCACAGUGGAAGAGGUUGACAAUAUGCUGGAAGGAUACACUGAUGUACGAACAGUAGCCACUUUUGCUGUGGCAUUGAAAAAAGCGCUGUAUGAAACAGAAUCAAAGAAGACUGACCUCCAAAACAGGUUACAGACAGCCAAGCAAGAAAUCUCACAUGAGAAAAAAAGGAAUGUGGAACUACAAGCAAAGUGUUUACAACUAGAAACGGAGAUAAGGGAUAGGAAAGAAUGUGAAGUAGUAAUAGAACCACGAGCGUCUACAUCAACAGAUUGUGGAAUGGACGAAGAAAUAUUCCACCACAGAAUAAAAGAUGUUGAUAAAAGCUUAAACACCAUGGUGAAAAAUAUUGAACAUGCAGAUUCUCCAUAUUUGAAUUUAAAACAGAGCAAUCUAGCAUUGGCUACGUUACGAAUGAAGCCGUCAGAAUACGCCAUGUUGAAAACAGCAAAACACGACCCGAAGAUGAGUCAGAGAUCAAACGGCGGCUUAGGCAUUAUAAUCCCUCCGGAAAAGCCAAAGAUGGAGACAAAAUCAAUAUUAGAUAUUUCAUAUGACGGUCUGGGAGGACAUUCGAAAUUAGACUCUUUUCCUGUGUCUAUAGGAGACUGGAAAAGUAAGAGUAUACCGAAAUUAACACAUAAACACAAAUUAAAACGACCCAAUCCAACUGGGAAUCACAAUAUUGGAGAAAUGUUUAAGAAAGCUCGUAACACAUAAUGAAAAGUAAGUAGGUAAUCUAAUAUGCAAUUUACCGAUUAUUUAAAUUAUAUUCUCAUCAAAAAAUCGAAGCACUUCUGAAUUUUUGUUAUUCAAAACACGAGUGUAAUUUAAUUUAAAAUUAGAAUUUGGAACAUCAACAUUGAGAAAAUAAAAACCCUUACUUACUUAUAAUAUUAUAAAAAAAACUGUAAAUUUAAUUAUUUAAUCCUAAAAUUCGUAUUAUUUUUCUUUCGAAAGAAAUUAUUUUUCUUUUUCAUGAGAAAUAAUUAUGAUAUAAACUCAACAAAAAUAUAGUCAUUUUCAUAAUAUGACAUAAUAUUAUUAUGUCACAUUAUGUCGUCAUUAUAUUAUAUUUAUGAACUACCCACCUCAAAUCUAUACCUACUAAGACACGCAGAGCGUAAUAUAUCUACUAUUUUGUAAAUCGAUCUCAGUAUUAUAAUGUAAUGUACUUCUGUGUGUAUUUAUAUUUCACUUUGCAUGGUAAAGGAACUGUAGAAAUGUAUUGCUGUAAAUUUUUUUUCGUUGUAAGUAUUGAAAUAUUGUAAAGCAUCCACAAAUAAUUAUAAUCAUAAUUAAACCACAUGAUAACGGGUUCUUACCGCGUUUAAAGUAGGGAUGUGAGACUCCCGAUAUUUCGACACUGUUGCAAGUGCCAUGAUCACGGGAUGGCGGGAUGGGAUGAAUAUAUAAUCUACUUUAAACGCGAUAAGAACCCGUUUUUAUGUGUUUAAAAUAAUUAUAAGUUGAACUCACUGGUCUAAGCUGGGUCUUAGGUCAUUGCAAAUAAGAGUCAUCUUAUGAUAAGUAUCAAUUCGAAAAAGAACGAAGUAAUUUUAUGUUACUAUUAAAUAAAUUAUUAAUCAG